CUUUCCUAUAAACAAACACAUUCACAAUCACAUCUCACAAAUCUCUCUCUCUCUCUUCUCUCUCUCUUCACCAACUUCCCUCAACUUUCCUCACCCCCAACCCCUUUGCAUGCACCUUCUUCAUCAAUGGGAAACCUCUGCGCUCUCCUCAAACCAACACACCACCAGCAAUCACCAUCUUCAUCCAAGAAACUUCGCUCAACCAGCCGCAGAGAGAAGAAAAAGCUCGACGAAGCAUCGAUUCGUGAACAAGCUAUAGCUGCUGCUCUGCUCUACAAACAGCAUCAGCAGAAUCUGCAAUUUGAUCGGUCGAGUUCGUUACGGUACCCUAAUGGAGCUUCGAGGAAGAAUCAUGGGAGUAGUAGUUUGCCGAGGAGUUCGAGUUCUAGAGCUAGAUCACUCACUGAUCCUCUUCUUCAACCUCAUCAGCUUCUAAAUCAGGGUGUAAAGGUUGAUGAUCUUGAAACCAAUCAUUUUGUCCUUGUUCAUGGAGGUGGUUUUGGGGCCUGGUGUUGGUACAAAACUAUCGCACUUCUUGAAGAAAGUGGUUAUAAAGUAUCUGCCAUAGAUUUAGCUGGUUCUGGAGUUCAUUCAUUUGAUACUAACAACAUUACAAGUCUGUCGCAAUAUGUUAAGCCUCUUACCGAUUUCCUUGAAAAACUUCCCCAAAGCCAAAAGGUAAUAUUGGUUGGACACGAUUUUGGUGGCGCAUGUAUAUCGUAUGCAAUGGAGUCGUUCCCGCUUAAGAUUUCCAAGGCUGUCUUUAUUGCUGCAGCAAUGCCGACUAACGGACAAAGUACUCUCGAUAUCAUUUCAAAACAGGCAGGAGCAAACGAUCUCAUGCCACAAGCUCAAAUUUUUUUGUAUGCAAACGGGAAUGAUCGUCCUCCAACCGCCUUUGAUCUGGACAAAUCGUUAUUAAGAGAUUUGUUAUUCAAUCAAAGUCCUGCCAAAGACGUUGCAUUAGCAUCUGUUUCAAUGAGGUCGGUACCAUUCGCACCGGUUUUAGAGAAACUUUCCCUCUCCGACACGAAAUACGGAACCGUAAGACGGUUUUAUAUAAAAACUCUUGAAGACAAUGCCAUACCUAUUUCACUUCAAGAAAACAUGAUAAAUGCAGGCCCACCAGAAAAGGUUUUCCAUCUGAAGGGUGCUGAUCAUUCUCCUUUCUUCUCAAAGCCUCAAGCUCUACAUAAGUUAUUGGUAGAAAUCUCAACAAUCCUUUGAGACCAUUCAUUAUCUAAAUAAAUUGUUUUGAAAUUCUAAUGUACAGUUUCCUUAUCACAAAAGGGUAUUGUAUUGCAAGUUAGACAGUUCCUUCUUCUCUUAUUUUUUGGAGUUCAAAUUAGGAAAACUAGCUUUUACAGUCAUCGAUAUAUAUAACAUUGACCCUUCAGAUUGAAGGAAUAAUCGGUGUCCGAUACAUGUGGUUACCACAUUUUAUUA